AUGGGCACGGCAUCCGGACAUGGAGAGUCGCGCGAAACGGGUCAAGUAAGUUCUAUCCACCGAAGGAUUUGUCAUUUGAUUCAACUUCUGACUCCUGCGACAGACUCGAUUUGCGUAAGCACUUCAAGGUCCGCUGAUACUUCUACGUAGCAAAAGACUACAUGUUGCGACGAUCAAAUCUCUUCAGGGCGGCUAAUAGGCCUGACGAUCUGUUCCGGAUCGUCAACAUUCUGCAAGAGGAGAGCAAAAAGCCCUGCCCGUCGCUACUACGAACGAUUUCGAAACUACCCUGCAAAUGCUGUAUACAGGCUACGCGCUAUAUCGUCACGCGAGGAGAAGGCGACAACUUGAACACCAGGUGGCGCGAAAUUGUUGAUCUCUACAACUUGACGCACUACCUGCAAGACAAUAAAUCUGCCAAUCUGGUCAUCCAUGAAGUCGUGAAAAUGGUUCAAGAGGCAUCGCUUGAUUGCGCAGUUGGCGUGGUCUUUGACGGCGACUAUCGCAGCAGCAGCAACAUCGAAGUCUUGCAACACAUGCUCGUGGACUACGCGGUGGAUGACUUACCAGCGGAGCGCCUUGCCGACCAGAAACAAGAGGAGAAUGAAGCGUGA